GUGGUGAAAAGCAAGACGUCACCGGGAAAGGCAGUGGAAUAAAGCCGGCCCAGGCUAUCGGAAAGUUCACCCGAUCACUUGUCCAGACUUAUCCUGCAGGCAUAUUACCAUUCUAUGACAUAUUCCCAGCCAGCCCAGACGCAUUAUCGUGCUCUUCAAUAGGAGGCUCAAGUACUCGUUCAAGUUGUUUCAAUAUUCGUUCCCACAACUCCUCCCACAUUGUCGCAACGAGAAGAGCACACGGGUCCUGCAAGUGUCACAGUAACCUCGAGCUCGGAUCUAAGUGAGACGUUACCCCAGAUCUUACCCCGCAUUCGCAAUCAGUCUUCUCCGAACUUGGUUCACUUUCGGCCUUGAAGAUCUAAAGCUUUGAAGAGUCACUUUUGAACUUGAUAGACCACUGCUAUGUUCACUUCACGUGUAGCUCGUUCUCUCGCGGCCUCCAGUCGCAUUCGCCUUGCACGAACUGCCUAUGCGAAGGCGCCGAUUCUUCGUGCAUACGCUACAGUACCUAUUUCUGAAUCUGACCCAGACUACGUCACAAUCGUUGAAGUCGGACCUCGGGAUGGUCUACAGAACGAGGAAACGAUUGUCUCUGCCGACUUGAAGGUCGAGCUCAUUGAGAAACUGGCGCGAGCUGGUUUGACGCAUAUCGAAGCUGGCAGUUUCGUGAGUCCCAAAUGGGUUCCACAGAUGGAGGACACCAUAGAGGUCAUCAACAAGAUGGAAAGACUUCCAGGCCGUCAUUAUCCUGUACUGGUGCCCAAUAUGAAAGGUCUCGACAAGCUCCUGGAGACACUUGCACGUCAUCCCAAGUCGGCACCAUCACCUCCACCUACGGACGAGAUUGCUAUCUUUUCCGCCGCGUCGGAUGUGUUCUCAAAGGCAAACACCAAUUGCACAGUUGCGGAAGGCUUGGCACGUCUUGAGCCUGUAGCCAGAAAAGCGCUGGAUAAUAACCUUCAAGUUCGAGGAUAUGUGAGUGCCGUCAUCACAUGCCCAUAUUCUGGCAAAGUGGACCCCAAGAAAGUAAAAGAUGUCACGAAAGCGUUGCUUGACAUGGGCUGCUACGAAGUUAGUCUGGGUGACACAGUCGGGACCGGGAAUCCGACCUCCAUAUACACCAUGUUGGACGCUGUCAUGGGCGGAGCCUAUGCAAUUCCCCCAUCGAAGCUCGCAGCAUGUUUAUAGGCUCAUUUCCAUGACACCUUCGGCUCAGGAGUAGCCAACAUCUUGGUAGCUCUCUCUAUGGGAAUACGCACAGUCGACACAGCUGUCGCCGGUCUCGGUGGAUGUCCAUAUUCUCCAGGUGCAACUGGGAAUGUCGCCACAGAAGAUGUGAUGUACGCUCUCCGUGGAAGCCAAUACACUUAUCCCGGAGACUUGGAAACGAUCGCGGAUAUUGGGGCUUGGAUCUCUGAAAAAUUGGAGAAGGAGAAUGGUAGUCGUGCUGGGAAGGCUAUCCAGGCGAGGAAGAAGGAGGCGGCGUUGAUGAAAGAAAGGGAGAGGGACGGUGGUGAUGUGGAAUCGAUUGCUGCUCAUGAAAUAACUCCUUUGCCGUAAUCGCCAGCACGGUGCGUUUGUAGGGUGUUGGGUUUGGAUUUGGACAUUAUAUCGGUGUAUAUGAAACAGAUCGUCUGUAUACUAGUACAGUACCAUGCUAAAACUCGGAUUGUAUCUCUAAGUUGAAGUUUGUGAAGACACCUUCAGGAUACCGUGGGAAAAGUACAACCUACUGUACACCAUCCUAAUCUUCACAUACUAAUCACCCUCUAUCAUAUUGAUGUCUUAAUAC